UGUCGAGCGCUGGCUGCUGCUUUUCUGCUCCUGGAAGCGGCCGAGGGGGGAAGCGGCGAGUCAACAUGGAGCUCUCGGCGGUGGGGGAGCGGGUGUUCGCGGCCGAAGCCCUCCUGAAGCGGCGUAUUCGCAAAGGACGCAUGGAAUACCUCGUGAAAUGGAAGGGCUGGUCGCAGAAGUACAGCACGUGGGAGCCCGAAGAAAAUAUCCUGGAUGCUCGCCUGCUUGCAGCCUUUGAAGAAAGGGAACGGGAGAUGGAGCUCUAUGGCCCCAAAAAGCGAGGACCCAAGCCUAAAACCUUUCUUCUCAAGGCCCAGGCCAAGGCAAAAGCCAAAACCUAUGAAUUCAGAAGUGAUUCCGCCAGAGGCAUCCGGAUCCCAUACCCAGGCCGAUCACCCCAGGACUUGGCAUCUACAUCCAGGGCCCGAGAGGGCCUUCGGAACACAGGUCUAUCCCCACCAGGGAGCAGCACCAGUGCCUGCAGGCCAGAUCCACCUCGGGACCGGGACAGGGAUCGAGAAAGAGGUGCCAGCCGUGUAGACGACAAGCCCAACUCUCCAGGGGACAGCUCCAAGAAGCGAGGACCCAAGCCCCGGAAGGAGCUCCUAGACCCUUCCCAGAGGCCAUUGGGAGAGCCCAGUGAUGGCCUUGGAGAAUACCUCAAAGGCCGGAAGCUGGAUGACACCUCUUCUGCCACAGGAAAGUUCCCAGCCGGCCACAGCGUGAUCCAGCUUGCUCGAAGGCAGGACUCAGACCUGGUACAAUAUGGUGUGACCAGUCCUAGCUCGGCAGAGGCUUCGGGCAAAUUGGCUGUGGACACCUUUCCAGCCAGGGUGAUAAAACACAGGGCUGCUUUCCUGGAGGCCAAAGGCCAAGGUGCCCUGGAUCCUGUUGGCCCCAGGGUCCGACAUAGUUCAGGUACCCCAGGCUCAGUGGGGAGCCUGUAUCGGGACAUGGGGGCUCAAGGGGGAAGGCCCUCCCUCAUCGCCAGGAUCCCAGUGGCCAGAAUCUUGGGGGACCCAGAAGAAGAGUCCUGGAGCCCCUCCCUGACUAACCUGGAGAAGGUGGUUGUCACAGAUGUGACCUCAAACUUUUUGACCGUCACCAUAAAGGAGAGUAACACGGACCAAGGUUUCUUUAAGGAAAAAAGAUGAAUUGCUGGGAACGGGGAGCCCAGGACCAGAGCAGGGGAGAGUGAGCUCCAAUGUGGCUUAGUGCUUUUUUUAUUUCUGAGUGGCUGUGGCCUUCUGGUUGGUCCUGUCCUUAACUUCACACCGUCCCCCUGGAAUCCCUUUCAUUCCUCCGUCCUCAGUUCUGGUUGGAAAAUUAUCUAGAGUUCUAUUUUCUAUUAGAUGUAAAUAUGUUAUUUAAGAAAAAUAUCUAAAUAUAUAUAUUUCAACUCUUGAAGUUCUUUUAUUUAAACAAGGAAAGAGAGAGAGAUUGUGGUUUGGUAGGGGCAGACAGACUGAGCUGGUACAGGACACUAGGAAAGUUGGGGGCCUGGGUGCUGGGAUUCUGGAGGGUAUGUGUUGGGGCUCAGCCGGCCCACCGCCAAUUCCCAGUGCCAGGCUCCUAGCACCCAGGCUGGAUUUUUGCUCUCCUUCCCAUUGGUCAGCUAGGCCAACAAAAGGUUGGCUUCCCAAUCAGAAAAAGGGGGGUGGGGUCAGCCCAGUUUUCUUUUUCUAUUUCUCUCUCUCUCUCUCUCUCUCUCUCUCUCUCUCUCUCUCUCUCAAGAUUCAGUGGUCAAUUAGAGGGAAAGUAUUAACUUAAAUAACUUUUUCGCGCGUAUCGUUGAAGGUAGAAAAAGUCAGGAGCGGGUGGGGCGCAGCUCUCCCAUAACCACACAAGGAUAUGCACUUUAUGGGAGGCGUGAGUGCCGCACACGAGGAUUGUAUGUGUGUCAUGUGGACAAAAAUCUCCCCGUUCCCUCGAUUCCUUCCCUUACUUUCCGGAGAGAAAAAGAAAUCCAGCGAAUUUGUUUACAUUCCCGAAAUGCCAGGAUAAAUUGGGAGGAUUGCGUGUCAGUGCCCAGAGCACCAGACAGUUGUUUUACAAGAAAAAUGUUGGGGUGGACUUUUCCUUUGCGCGUCCUCUAUCUUUGCCAGAAGACAGGGCGGCCCCACCUCCCAGGAAGACUUGGACAAGCCUGGUUCAUCGGGUGAGGGUGGGCCCUGCUCUCCGAAGGACGAACGGCCGCCAGGCCACCCCGCGGGGCUGGCAGCGGGCUGCGCACCAGGCCAGUCGAGCUGAGCGCCCGGGUGGCAGCCUAAGUGGAACUUGGUCAGGUGGGGCUCUGGGUGGAAGGGAUCUCAUCCAAGAAUGUGCAUUAGAAGUUUAGUUUUUUCCCCCCUCUUUCCUCUUUCUUAAAAGCAAAAGCUGUAAUUUAUAGUCCCUUUCGAUUCUCGGAGUGCUCGCUACGUGAACUCGACGUUCAGACUCCGCCGAAGAGGGCGGGGGAGCGCGAGGUGGAGCGGGCGCGGCUGGGGACGAGGCGCCCCUCCACUCCCUGCGACCCUGGUCUCGGCCCACUCCGGAUGGCGCCACGCGCAGCAGCUCGGACUCAAAAGCACAAAUCCGUCCCCCAGCCUACUGUUGCCCCUUUCAGCAGGGAUCUUGCGGCCUCUCCGCCCUCCCCGCCCUUAAAGGGCCAGCAGGCGAUCUAACUUCUAGGGUUUUUGGAGGGAGGGGCACGAGGCUCUGCUUGUAGGACAAAGCACAGACUUGGGGGGGGGGCCCUUUGGGCUGGGUUAGAGGAACUUGGUAAUGGGGAGGAACUGAGAGAGACCCCAGCCUUGUCCUUCAUCCUCCUGGCUCUGCAUCUUCAGCGUGUCAGUCUCUCCUCCCGCCAGACUUUCUUUGCCUUUAAAUAGAGGGAGGAACAAAAAGAAAAAACGGUGUAUUCUAUGUGUUUUUAUUUGUUUUUGAAAAUCAAACUGCGCCUAAAGAGAAGCCCCUGGAAUGGGGAUUUUUAUCUGCUCAUAUUUGUAAAACUGGUAUUUUCGACUUUGUAUAAAGAAGCGCCGUUGAUCGUGUGUCUGUCUAGAUGUGGACCCUCUUUUCAGGUAGAGCUGCUUUUGGAGGGCACAUCUGUGACCGCGUGGACCGUAACUGUGGGACAGGAGUCCCUUACCUGACUGCCGACGACUUCCUCUCUCUCCUCCUUCCUCACGCUGGCACCUUCCUUCCCUUCAGCAUUCCUGGUUCGUCCUGCCAUCUGUUCAUGGCCGUUGUGUGUCUCCUUAGCUCGCUCUUGAGAGGCUGAC